GAAUAUCUUUGACAAUAUGAUCAACAUCAUGGAGAAAUACGCGUACAACCUUGAAAGCGUAGUGAAAGAACGAACGAAUCAACUGCUUGAGGAAAAAAAGAAGACAGAGAACUUACUGUUGAGAAUGCUUCCAAAACCUGUUGCGGAGCAGCUGUUAAGAGGUGAGAAGGUAGAGGCGGAAAGUUUUGAUUCUGUUACUAUCUACUUCAGUGAUAUUGUAGGAUUCACCUCCCUCUCAGCAAUUAGUACACCACUGCAAGUCGUGGAUCUUCUCAACGACUUGUACACAUGUUUCGAUUCAAUCAUAGGAAACUAUGAUGUCUACAAAGUAGAAACGAUAGGCGAUGCAUAUAUGGUUGUAAGUGGCUUGCCCAUACGUAAUGGUGAUCGGCAUGCCAGCGAGAUCGCUUCUUUGGCUCUGAGGCUGUUGGCAGCCAUAGAAAAUUUCGAAAUCAGACACAGGCCCGAAGAAAGAUUAAGUCUGAGGAUUGGAAUCAAUUCUGGUCCUUGUGUUGCCGGCGUUGUGGGUCUUAAGAUGCCCAGGUAUUGCUUAUUCGGCGACACUGUCAACACGGCCUCCAGAAUGGAAUCUACAGGCGAAGCUAUGAAAAUCCAUGUAAGUGAAGCCUGUAAGAAAUUACUUGACAAACUUGGUGGCUAUAAUUUACAAGAAAGAGGACUGAUCCCAAUUAAGGGUAAAGGCGAAAUGAGGACAUACUGGCUUUUGGGGAAAGAGAACCAAACAUCGGAGUAUGGAGAAAUUCCGACUUCUCCAACAUUCCAACUUCCAACCUGGGAAGUAAAUCCAUUAUCUAAGAACAGUAGUGAAGAAUUUACUUCAGCAUUGUCGUCAUCAAAUACAAAUGACAGUUGCCUCAGCCUCAUCCAAGAAUGCAAAAAGAACGCAGAAAAUGCAGUUUGGAGAGCGAACAAUUACCGUUCAGCUCCAACCAUCACUUUCAGUGAUUAUUACACUCCUGCAGACUGUGCCUUGUGAUAAUAGAAAGAAUCAACGUAUACUAAGCUGUUUUCAAAUGAUAUAUGGUAUCUCUCGUAUCAAAGUAAAACUGCUAACUUAAAUUCAAAAAUCUAUCUACUUAUCCACAAAUUAUUAAUGAAGAAAGAAAUAUUAACAUUUAGAUUCGAAGUUUUAGCAUUUUAGAGAAUAAGUGUCAAGCUUAAUUUCUCAACUCAUGAGAUCUUUAAACUCUCACUUAUGGAAAAGUAUUUUUACUUCCAAAUGAACCAUGAAAUGAUUGCAGAAAUUCUUCAACGUCCAAAACUUUUGUUGUACGCUUGUAAAUAUAUUAUAUUAUUUUACAGGUAUGUUACUUCCGAUCUAAACCUUUUAGGGAACGAUGUUGCACGAUUCUUUUAGCUUCAUGGAUUGAAUCAUGGUUCAUAUACAGGAUUCUUCUAUCUCACCGACCGGAAUCUAUUAAAUUUAAAAAAGAGCUCAUAUCCUGUGAUAAUUUUAAUGGUAUUACUAAGCUAAGAAAAGUUACGAUACUAUUAACACACUUAACGAAUGUGAAAAAUAAAAUCGAGCUUCUCUCUUUAAUCAUUUAUUUAUGCCUGUUGGCGUCAAAAUGUGCUAGAAACUAAUAUCUAAAUGUCAAAUGAUCGUUUUGUAAUUUAUAUCGUGAUUGUUUCGUUAUCUCUUGGUGCUGUAAAAUGAAAUCUUUUGUAAUUGGUUUUUUAUUGUUGUGGUUCAUAGAUAAGGUGGGCUUAAUUUAUUGACAUUUUUGUAAAAUAAAAUUAAAUUAUUACAAAUAACUAUGUAUAAUUUCCUAGAACAAGGCUAAAAAAAACAAACAUAAUGUAGAGUUUAAAGAAUAGCUCAAGGAACUUCACAGCUAAUAAAUUUCAUUUCACUGA